UGUGGGGCGGGUAGUUCCGUUUCCUGUGGCGCUGUUGCGGAGAGCGGUCUACUGUGGCGGUGGCGGAGGAGGCUCGCCUUGUCGUUGGGACUCGGCAUCGGGAGGCCUUGUGGGAUCUGUAGUCCCGGCUGCCUCGGCCCGCCGAGGGAAAGGAGGAGGGCGCAGCGAAACACCACACAGACCAUGCCCGGGUUCACGUGCUGCGUGCCAGGCUGCUACAACAACUCGCACCGAGACAAGGCGCUUCACUUCUACACCUUCCCGAAGGACGCGGAGCUGCGCCGCCUUUGGCUGAAGAAUGUGUCGCGGGCCGGAGUGAGCGGAUGCUUCAGCACUUUCCAGCCCACUACGGGCCACCGCGUCUGCUCCGAGCACUUCCCCGGCGGGCGCAAGUCCUACCUGGUGCGGGUGCCCACCAUCUUCCCCUUGCGGGGCGUCAACGAGCGCAAGGGCGCCCGUGGGAACAGGCGCGCACGCCACGCCCCCGCGCCUCCCCAGGCGCCCGCGGUCGCCGCCGCGCAAGCCGCGGUCUUGCUCGCUUUGCAGGAGGGAGCUGCUGCCGCCGCCGCGGCUGGACAAGGUGUGCCCCGGGGAGGAGGUGCAGGAGAUGAUGUGAAGCCUAUGGACCUGACCGUGCAGGUGGAGCUGGGAGGCCCUGGGGCGAUGCUCGGGGCCCCAGGGGCGAUGUUGGGAGGCCCUGGGGCGAUGCUCGGGGGCCCUGUUAGCCUGGCGUUCCUUACAGAUAAUGGGCCCCUGGUAGAUAGCCCGCCAGACCACUCAUACUCACUGUCAUCGGGUACCACGUCGGAGGAGUUGCUGCGCAAACUGAACGAGCAGCGGGACAUCAUUGCUCUGCUGGAGGUGAAGAUGAAGGAGAUGAAGGGCAGCAUCCGCCGCCUGCGCCUGGCCGAAGCCCAACUCCGUGAGGAGAUCCGGGAGAAGGACCGCCUGCUGCAUGCUGCCAGUAUGGGAGGGGUGGCUCGCAAGCGCCAUGGUCUCUGAGACAUACGUGUCCUCCUUAGGAUUGGGGUCCUGCUCUUCAAGUUGCUUGUUUCGUGUAGGGCAGGGGACCGAACACAAAUUGACCUGUGUGGUAUUGUUUGCAAACAGAAGUGGCAAGAAAUGCCCAGACAGGACGACGGGGGUGGGUGGGUGCAGACAGGCAGCCAGUUGUAGCAAGGACAAAUGGUGCUCCACAGCUUGGUGUGGUGUUGCUGCCCAAGAUACAUUUUUGGUCCCUUUCAGUCAGGUCUACACUGUGUCAGGCAAAUCACCAGUUCUUGACUAUGUACUGACAACAUUUCCUUCUCCUGUCAGGAAGCCCAGGGUGGUGUGUGAGCAGGCCCACACUUAACUGGACCCACACACUCACUUUUUACAUGUUUUUUUCUGUGAGAAGUACGCACCAGGAGUUGGCUACAACCAUAUUUUUAUGUACAUAAAAAAGAUGGGUACAGUCUGGAUUAUUGGUUAUCAGCUGAUGCUCUACUCAUAUUAUGCACUGUUCAAAGCACAGUAGCAGACACCAGCUGCUUUGGUACUCUCAGUAAUGUUGAUUCUGUGAGAGUUGGUCCAUUUUUAGCAUUGCUGGGAAAAUGUCUCUAAUAAAGCUGGAUGUUUCCAUUAAGUGGGCGGGUGUAGGGCUAUGAGCUUCUGUCACCAGUGGGAUUAAAUUUAGUGCAAAGCUAAUUUUGAGGAACAAUAACAGUUACUUUCUAGACAAGCACACUCGGGUUGUAAACCAUUUACUCUGGAAUAGUCUAGUGAAAGUCAUGGCACUUUCCUAUGAUUAUUCUGCAGUAAAUGUCUUGGUGAUCAACGCCUUAGAAACCAUGGCCACCGGUGGAUUUUGUUUGUUUCUCUUUAUGGAAAGAGAGAGAAAAUGUGGGUUGUCAUCCACCCACCCACAAACUACUGAUAUGCCAUUUUUGAUGCCAAGUUCAUUCUUAAUCAUUAAAGAGGGCAACUGGAGUCUGUAUUCCUAGGAUGCAGUUAUAUUUGCUGUUUUGCCCUUUUUCUGUUUCUAGUUUCAAGGGAUUAUUGUAGCCAUGCCAUAGUUGGAUGACUCCCUGCCCGUCAUGGCAUACAACAACUGCUUCUUUUAUUUCAGCAAUGAUUCAAUAUUCUCUGGUGUAAACCAGUAUUAUGUGGUAUAUUUCCUUUUCACAUAUAAUAUACUGGGAUGCAAUCUGGCUAGCAUAAGAAGAAUGAGGUUAUGUUACAGUGGCUCUACCAACCUUUCAUACUUCUAAACAAAUUUGCAUUCUAACACUCUCUGUUAAGAACCUGGAAGAUGUUAAUGUCACAACCAUGGACUGAUAAAUUUGUGAGAUACACUUGUACUUUUCAGAUAUUCAUGAGCCAGUUUGCAUCUCCAUGGAUAUGAACAUUAUCCCUCUUUAAAGAUGGAUAGAGAUGAGAGAGCAGCCUGCCAUAUAGCCUGAUUGACUUUUGUCAGAAAUAGAUGAACCCCCUCCCCAACAAUAUUUGUAUGUCUGUGUAGCACCAAAUAGAUGCUUCUGAUUAUUGUAUUCAGUGUGGUUGAUGAUAUACUUCAAAUAAGAGUCCACAAUGGUGUGUGUACUCUGCAUGGCUAUGCAGAGAAUGCCAUAACAUCUCAUUUCACAAAGCAAGAAAAACACAAUGCAAUAGCUAGAGUUUUUGAGUUUAUCAAGCCCAUAACUAAAAAUCAAAACUGUAGGCAUGUAGAUUGGCUUGCAUUUCCAAGUGUAAAAAUACCUUUGGUUGAAACUAUUGUGACUGGCAGGGAUUGGCUAGUGUCAGGAUGGCCAUCUACCCUGGUUUUUUUCUCUUUCUUUUUUGUUACAGUAUUUUUUAUAUUUUAUAUAACAAAUCUCAAAUAGAAACCACAAGCUUGUAUUGCUUAUAUACAUUGUAUAUACCAAUAACAGUAAAAGCAAUGAAGAAAAUAUUUUUUUAAAAUGGAGAGGGGGAGAUUCCCUCAAACAACUAAAAAGCUUGAAAAAAAUACCAUAAAGAAAACCUAUUUCUUACAUGUCCCUUGUUCGUCUGACUAUAUAUACUGUAGGUCGUAAGACAUGUUCAAUUAUUGGUGUAAUUGACUCCACAGUUUAUUGCAGGAGGCAGCAGCACACCAUAAACUCUAACCUCAUUGGAUUUCAUGGAUGUUCUGCUGUAGUCAUUGGGUAAUUGGUCUGUUGUUUGAACAAGAUAGUAGACUGUAUCAAAUUAUUUGACUAGAAGUUGCUAGAAUAUGAUCCAGCUUGUAACUAGUAUUUUUUAUUUAAUUACUAUCUUCUUUUCCCAAUCUUAACAGAUUUCUGUACUGCCCCCCCCCAAUACUUCUGAAGUAGGGAAGAAAACUACAGACACAUUUACUGCCGUAUGUUGUGCUUAGGUCAAGUUUGGUCACACAGCUUGCAUUUUGCUCUGUAUGCAUCUGUUGAGACCUUAAGCAGCACACUAGUUUUCUUUCUUUGUAAAUAGACGGUGCAUUCUAGCUGGCUGAGAGUGUUUCGAAAGUGUGUUGUGACAAGUUGUGGUACUUUUCUACUAUUCAUUAUGCACUAAAAUACUUUCAGUUGCUUGGAUUACUGGACUGGUUAUCUAUUGGACUGUUCUAGUUUACUGGUUAUCCUGAGGUGCUAGCAAAUAUACUUAAUUUGAAUAAAAUAUAUUUUGUUUUUGUUAUACUGCCGUCUGUAAUUUGUCUGUAACAUCUAAUACUUCUUUCUUCCUCCACCUACUCCAUGGCAUUUGCCUGUUUCUGCUUUGAUUAAACACAUUUCAGUGUUUUGUUUUCUAUCUCAUUUGGUUAAGAGACUUUUAUUUGCAAGGUCUUCUUCUUUGGCGAUCACUUGUAGCCAAGUAAGAUUGUCUUCCAUGAACACGGUCUUAACAGUGAGUCCGUUCUGGAUCCACACGUCCUUCCACAGUGGGGACAUACCGGUAGGUUUCCAGAUGGGAGUUGAUCAUGGUCAGGCUUUGCCAAACAUGCCUUCCUCUGAGCACGUUUCUCCCUUUCGUCCUGAGUUCGAGCAUCUUCAAAGUACAUGACGCCUUUGGUAAAGGCUGUUCUCCAGUUGGAGUGCUCACAGGCCAGUUUCCUAAUUGUUGGUGUUUAAACUACAUUUUUUUAGAUUUACCUUGAGAGAGUCUUUAAAACUCUUUUGUUGACCAUCAGCAUUAAGCUUUGGAAUAGAGUAGUUGCUUUGGAAGAUAAUAAUCAGGCAUCCAAACAACACUUUCCAACGUUACACCAAUGAGUUUGAUUUGUGGCGCUGCAGAGGGGUUGUUUUGUGCUUGUUGGUGCAGCACUUUGGUUUUGUGGAUGUUGAGUGAUAGGCCAAGCUUUUCGUAAGCUUCUAUGAAGAUAUUUAGGAUGGUUUGGAGGUCAUCUUCUGAGUGUGCACAUGCUACAUUGUCAUCAGCAUACUGAAGCUCUAUGACAGAAGUUUUGGUCUUUACUUACUCUUUGCUUUCAGCCUACUCAGAUUAAAGAGCUUUCCAUCUGUUCGAUAUAUGAUUUUUACUCCAGUGAGGAGUUUCCCUUCAACAAAGUGUAGGAUCAUGGCGAUGAAAAUAAUAAGUAGAGUUGGGAUGAUAACAUAACCCUGUUUAACACCUGAUCCCACUCUGAAUGGUUCACUUUGAGAGCCAUUGUUAUCUGGGAUGGAUUUUCGGAGGAUGCCUGUGCGUGAAUUUGCUUUAUGUGUGUAGAUCAGUGCACGCUGACCAACACACAAUCUUCGCAGUAAAGCUCUAUUCCGAUGGCAUGAGUAUCACAAUGACUGGUAGAUUCUUAUCUGCUGCAGCCUUCAUCCGCCUUCACAACCCUUGUAACAUACCGCUUGUUAUCUUCUGCCUGUUCUGCCAUUGAGGACUUCUUGGCUCAUUCUUUGUCUAGCUCCUUCCCUUUGACUU